CAGGUGGCUGAAUUGUGGUUGAAGCUGAUAGAUGAAGUGAUAGAAGACACAAGGUACACGUUGCCUCUUACAGAAGGAAAACCCAAUGUCACAAUUCUUGAUACUCAGAUCCGAAAUUUGAGGUCCAGAUCUCUCUCCCAGAUACACGAGGCUGCUGUGAAAAUGAGGUCUGAAGCCACAGAUGUGCUAUCCACACUGGCAGAAAUUGAGGACUGGCUCGAUAAGUUAAUGCAGCUGGCUGAAGAGCCACAGAACAGUAUGCCUGACAUUAUUAUCUGGAUGAUCCGGGGAGAAAAAAGACUAGCCUAUGCACGAAUUCCUGCACAUCACGUUUUAUACUCCACCAGUGGUGAGAAUGCAUCUGGGAAAUACUGUGGGAAAACCCAAACCAUCUUUCUGAAGUACCCACAGGAAAAGAACAGCGGGCCCAAGGUUCCUGUGCAGCUGCGAGUGAACAUCUGGCUGGGCUUAAGUGCUGUUGAGAAGAAGUUCAAUAGCUUCGCAGAAGGAACUUUCACCGUCUUUGCUGAAAUGUAUGAAAAUCAAGCUUUCAUGUUUGGAAAAUGGGGCACUUCUGGAUUAGUGGGACGUCAUAAAUUUUCUGAUGUCACAGGAAAAAUAAAGCUCAAGAGGGAGUUCUUUUUGCCUCCAAAAGGCUGGGAAUGGGAAGGAGAAUGGACAGUUGAUCCCGAAAGAAGCUUGCUGACCGAGGCGGACGCGGGUCACACGGAGUUCACCGAUGAAGUCUACCAGAACGACAGUCGCUACCCCGGGAGCGAGUGGAAGCCAGCCGAGGACACCUACACCGAUGCGAAUGGCGAUAAAGCAGCAUCACCCAGCGAGUUGACUUGUCCUCCAGGUUGGGAAUGGGAAGACGAUGCAUGGUCCUAUGACAUAAAUCGAGCAGUGGAUGAGAAAGGCUGGGAGUAUGGAAUUACCAUUCCUCCUGAUAAUAAGCCCAAAUCGUGGGUUGCAGCAGAGAAAAUGUAUCAUACUCAUAGAAGGCGAAGGCUGAUCCGAAAACGCAAAAAAGAUUUAACACAGUCCACUUCAAGUACUGCAAAGGCCAUGGAAGAACUUGAAGACCGGGAGGGCUGGGAAUAUGCUUCUUUAAUUGGCUGGAAGUUCCACUGGAAGCAGCGUAGUUCUGAUACCUUUCGCCGCAGACGCUGGAGGAGAAAAAUGGCUCCUUCUGAAACACAUGGUUCAGCUGCCAUCUUUAAACUUGAGGGUGCCCUUGGGGCAGAUACUACUGAGGACGGCGAUGAAAAGAGUGUGGAGAAACAGAGGCACAGCGCCACCACUGUGUUCGGGGCAAACACUCCCAUUGUUUCCUGUAAUUUUGACAGAGUCUACUUAUAUCAUCUGCGCUGCUAUAUUUAUCAAGCCAGAAAUCUCAUGGCCUUAGACAAGGAUAGCUUUUCAGAUCCAUAUGCUCAUGUUUCCUUCCUCCAUCGAAGCAAAACCACCGAAAUCAUCCACUCAACCCUAAAUCCCACAUGGGACCAAACAAUUAUAUUUGACGAAAUUGAAAUCUAUGGGGAACCCCAGGCAGUUCUGCAGAACCCACCCAAAGUUACCAUUGAACUUUUUGACAAUGACCAAGUGGGCAAAGACGAAUUUUUAGGACGAAGUAUUUGCUCUCCUCUCAUGAAACUCAACUCAGAAAUGGACAUCACACCCAAACUUCUCUGGUACCCAGUAAUGAAUGGAGACAAGGCCUGUGGGGAUGUCCUUGUAACUGCAGAGCUGAUUCUGAGGGACAAGGAUGGCUCCAACCUCCCCAUUCUUCCCUCUCAGAGGGCACCAAAUCUCUACAUGGUCCCCCAGGGAAUCAGGCCUGUGGUCCAGCUCACUGCUAUUGAGAUUCUGGCUUGGGGCUUAAGAAAUAUGAAGAACUACCAGAUGGCUUCUGUCACAUCCCCCAGUCUCAUUGUGGAGUGUGGAGGGGAAAGGGUAGAAUCGGUGGUGAUCAAAAACCUUAAGAAGACACCCAACUUUCCAAGUUCUGUUCUCUUCAUGAAAGUGUUCCUGCCCAAGGAGGAAUUGUACAUGCCUCCACUGGUGAUCAAGGUCAUCGAUCACAGGCAGUUUGGGCGGAAGCCCGUUGUUGGCCAGUGCACCAUUGACUGCCUGGACCGUUUCCGCUGUGACCCUUAUGCAACAAAGGAGGACAUUGUGCCACAGCUAAAAGCCUCCCUUCUGGCUGCCCCACCCUGCCGGGAUGUUGUUAUUGAAAUAGAAGACACCAAACCAUUACUGGCUUCUAAGCUGACAGAAAAGGAGGAAGAAAUCGUUGACUGGUGGAGUAAAUUUUAUGCUUCCUCGGGGGAACAUGAAAAAUGUGGACAAUAUAUUCAGAAAGGCUAUUCCAAACUCAAGAUAUAUGAUUGUGAACUAGAGGAUGUAACAGAAUUCGAGGGCCUGACAGACUUCUCAGAUACUUUCAAAUUGUACCGAGGCAAAUCAGACGAGAAUGAAGACCCUUCUGUGGUAGGAGAGUUCAAGGGCUCCUUUCGGAUCUACCCCCUGUCAGAUGACCCCAGUGUGCCGGCCCCUCCCAGGCAGUUUCGGGAAUUACCUGACAGCGUCCCGCAGGAAUGCACGGUUAGGAUUUACAUUGUUCGAGGCUUAGAGCUCCAGCCCCAGGACAACAAUGGCCUGUGUGACCCUUACAUAAAAAUAACACUGGGCAAAAAAGUCAUUGAAGACCGAGACCACUACAUUCCCAACACUCUCAACCCAGUUUUUGGCAGAAUGUACGAACUGUGUUGCUACUUACCUCAAGAAAAAGACCUGAAAAUUUCUGUCUACGAUUAUGACACUUUUACGCGUGAUGAAAAAGUGGGAGAAACAAUUAUUGAUUUGGAAAACCGAUUCCUUUCCCGGUUUGGGUCCCACUGCGGCAUACCUGAGCAGUACUGUGUUUCUGGAAUAAAUACCUGGCGAGAUCAAUUGAGACCAACACAGUUGCUUCAAAAUGUAGCCAGAUUCAAAGGCUUCCCACCACCCAUCCUUUCCGAAGAUGGAAGUAGAAUCAGAUAUGGAGGACGAGACUACAGUUUGGAUGAAUUUGAAGCCAACAAAAUCCUGCACCAGCACCUUGGGGCCCUUGAAGAGCGUCUUGCCCUUCACAUCCUCAGGACUCAGGGCCUGGUCCCUGAGCAUGUAGAAACGAGGACUUUGCACAGCACCUUCCAGCCCAACAUCUCCCAGGGAAAACUUCAGAUGUGGGUGGAUGUUUUCCCCAAGAGUUUGGGGCCACCAGGACCUCCUUUCAACAUCACACCUCGGAAAGCCAAGAAAUACUACCUGCGUGUGAUCAUCUGGAACACCAAGGACGUUAUCCUGGAUGAGAAAAGCAUCACAGGAGAGGAAAUGAGCGACAUCUACGUCAAAGGCUGGAUUCCUGGCAAUGAAGAAAACAAACAGAAAACAGAUGUCCAUUACAGAUCCUUGGAUGGCGAAGGGAAUUUUAACUGGAGAUUUGUUUUCCCGUUUGACUACCUCCCAGCUGAACAACUCUGCAUUGUUGCUAAAAAAGAGCAUUUCUGGAGUAUUGACCAAACGGAAUUUCGAGUCCCACCCAGGCUGAUCAUUCAGAUAUGGGACAAUGACAAGUUUUCUCUGGAUGACUACUUGGGUUUCCUGGAACUUGAUUUGCAUCAUGCAAUCAUUCCGGCAAAAUCAUCAGAGAAAUGCAGUUUAGACAUGAUUCCGGACCUCAAAGCCAUGGACCCCCUUAAAGCGAAGACUGCCUCACUCUUUGAGCAGAAGUCCAUGAAAGGAUGGUGGCCGUGCUACACGGAAAAAGAUGGCUCCCGUGUGAUGGCUGGGAAAGUGGAGAUGACAUUGGAAAUCCUCAAUGAGAAGGAGGCUGACGAGCGGCCGGCCGGGAAGGGGCGGGAUGAACCCAACGUGAACCCCAGGCUGGACCCACCGAACCGCCCAGAAACCUCCUUCCUCUGGUUCACCAACCCGUGCAAGACCAUGAAGUUCAUCGUGUGGCGCCGGUUUAAGUGGGUCAUCAUCGGGCUGCUGAUCCUGCUGAUCCUGCUGCUCUUCGUGGCUGUGCUCCUGUAUUCCCUACCGAACUAUUUAUCAAUGAAGAUUGUGAGGCCAAAUGCCUAAUGAAAGCAAAGGCUUCUUUUCAAGAGUCCCCAGGAGGGAAUCCUGUCUGUUCUGUGGACCACUGUCGAGUGUGAUUUUGUCCGUGUCAGAGACUGCACCCCAGGAGCAGGUUGCACGUCCCUGAAGCCCAUUGGUGACCAGAGGGCCUAAAUCCUGGAAAGUCCGGCCAACAAGCAAUAUUUUUAUCUUGUUACCUUUUGAAGUAUUAAAAGUUUUAUUAUCUAAAGUUUUAACUUUGUUUUUCAGAAUAUUUUUCAAGGUGGCUGGUUCCAUUUAAAAAUCAUUUUAUGUGUCCUUAGUUCUAUAGUUCAAUUUUUGGAAAUUGCUCAUUUAGAAUUUGAAGUUUUCUAUAGACUUCUUAUUUGUAAUCAAGAAAAAGGACUGUGCAUUAUAAAAACAGUUAGACUAGUUAAACUCUUAUUUAUGCCUGCAACCAUUGUUAUAUUUUGUACGGAUAAAUGAGACUCUACUCAACUUCUGUGAUGAAUGCAAAUAAAAAUGUUUUGCCUUUUGCA